AUGCAGUUCGACAAAAAGUACCUUCGACAGAAUCAGUUUCAGGCAUUGCCACUUGAGCUUGUACUUCAGAUUAUUGGAACAAUUCUGGGGUAUAUCUUUGCCACCUUAGUGACGCCCACUACUCUGGUGUGGACCACGUCAGCUCAUCUUUGUUUCAUGAUUGGCAUUCAAAUCAUGAGAACCGCCUUUGUUAUUGUCAUGAGCGGCCGAGAUUCGAAUCACCUUGUCUAUGAAAUUACACCCAAGGACCCCAACUGGAUUUUCGUUGGCCCAGAGUUCCACGCACUCCAUCAUGUCUACCCCGAUCGCUACAUUGGCUCGUUCGUCAAGAUUCUCGACUGGAUAUACGGUACUGCCUAUACAUUCAGAGGCAAACGCUUUGUGAUCACUGGAGCAAGUGAAGCAUUUGGCCAGGCAAUUGUGGCAGAGCUCAAGCGUGAGGGGGUAGACAGCAUUCAAAGAUUACAAUUUGGUAUUGAUUGGGACCAUGAUAACUUUGAAAAUGCGAUCCCAGCGCUUUCCAAUUCCGACGUUCUGGUCCUAGCCCACAAUCUCAAAGACUAUGCUGCAGGUGAAUUGGACUGCAGGUCAGCUAUUCGUCUCAUCAAAUUAUUCAAGAAGCAUAAAGCCAACAACCACGCUGGUCCAACACUUCCAGAAGUAUGUCAAGCCAAAAAUAUCUACCGCAUGCUCGCUCUUUUUAUGAUGACCCCGAUAUACUUUACCGCCACAUCGUCUCAUCGCCGUUUGACUCGAGUGCAAAGUCUGGUGUUUCAGCCGCAGCCCGCGAAGCUAGUUGUGCAAUUUGGUGGAUCCGAAGGGGUGCUAGAUAUGUGA